CUGCCCUCUGCCCACCACCACCACCACCGCCCCAUACCACCUGCUAGCACGGCAUCUUCCGCCACCGGCGCCGCUGCGCCUCACCCGCGCUCCGCUCCGCCACCCACCCACCCGCUGCCAGCAUGCCCGACGCUGCCCGCGCCUCCACUUCGCGUGCGCAGCGUGCUGGCAGCAGCAGCAGCGGCAGCGCCACCGCCCGUGCCCGCGUCCUGCGCUCGCGCAGCGCCAGCGGCUCGCACAGCGCCGAGCGCCAGCGCUGGUCGCUCUCGCCCAGCCAGCUCGACGAGCGCGACGAGGACGAGGACGACGAGGCCGAGCCGCCCGCCGUGGUGUCGGCAGCGGCCUCGACCACGGCCGGCACACCCUCGCCGCGCCCCGAGCCGCGCCCGGCGCGCCGCCAGAUGCAGGCCGACGAGAGCGUCGAGUUCAUUGAGGUCCGUCCGCCGAAGCGCCAGCGCCUCCGCUCGCCCAGUGUGCAAGCUGCGGCCGGCAGCUCGCGCGCAGUGGCCAGCGUGGAGCCUAUCAGCAACCGUGCGCGCUCGCGCAGCAAUGGCCUCAUGACGCUCGACGAGGAGAACCGGCUGGCCAGCGGUCUCUCGGGCCUCGCAACGCCGCUGCGCGGCAGCGUCUCGCCGGUGAAGACCACGUCGACGUCGCCCAAGGGCAAGGGCAAGGCAAGCGAGCAGCCGGCUGCCAACCCUGCCAAUGUGCUUGAAGAGGCCGAGCCAAUCUUGGAGGGAUCCACGCCCGACCAGCUGCGAGCCGAGAUGCUCUCGCUGCGCCACGAGCUCGCGUCGAAGAACGAGUUCAUCGAGGCGACGCGCUCCACCGUCGACGCCACGCAGUCGGCCAUGACGUGCCACGUGUGCUUCGAUCUUGCCUGGCGCCCGCAGGUGCUGACGUGCGGCCACGUCUUCUGUGCACGCUGCCUGAUCGACUGGUUCAAGAAGCCGCUGCAGGACGAGCUCGGACCUCCGGCCCACAUGCGCGGCGCCGAGCGCACGACGUACGAGAACCGCGCCACGCGCAAGCGCAAGAAGAUCUGCCCGGGCUGUCGCGCACGCGUCAUCAACCCGCCGAUCGAGCUGUUCGCCGUCAAGGACCUGCUCGAGACGAUCGACAAGGCCGUGCGCGCCGGACAGGGCCGCGGCGGCGAGGGCGAGGAGGAGCCCGACGCCGAGGCCAAGGGCGAGACGCUGCCCGCCGGCGCGGCGCUGUGGCAGAACAUCUUCUCGGACGGCCCGCCGCCGCCGCCGAUCAUCCAUGACCUCGAGGACGGCGUGGACCGCUGUGGCGUCUGCACGUCGGAGGUCGUCGGCGGUUACUGCCAGAAUGCCGACUGCGGCCACUACUACUCGGAAGAAGACGACGGCGACGGCGACGACUUCGACGACGGACACUUUGAGCCUGGAGCACACGAGUACCUGGCGAACCUGAUGGGCGCGCACCACGGUCGCGCUGCGCCGGCUGGACGCCGCUAUGAUGAUGUCGCAAUCCUCACCGACAGCGAAUCGGACGACAACUCCGUCGACGAGUAUCUCGACGACGAGGAUCGCCGCGACCACGAGGACUUCAUCGUUGAUUCUGGAGAUGAAGACGCCGACGACCAAGCCCGUCUCGCCCGCCAUCGAGCACGUCUCGAUCGUCGUCAAGCUGCGCGCGAUCGUCGUGACAUUGACCGCGCCCGUCGCGCAGCAGGCCGCGCGUGAGUUGACACGUCUGCAGCCAAGCAUGAUCCGAGCUGACCCUCGCGCUGCAGCAACGCGCCGAUCGUCCUGGACUCGGACAGCUCGGACGGCGAGGUGCAAGUUGCUGGCGAGGUACGCCGUCCCGCC